CAGGGGCUGAGCCGCUGGGGCAGGGGAGAGAGCCACAGUCCCAGCCUUGCACCCCUCCAUGGGGCUGGCCAAACCCCCAGGAGGAUGGGGGCCUGGGCAGCAGAGCCAGAGCCUGGGCAGCCUAUGAGGGCGAAGCCGGAGCGCUGGAUGGCCAACACCACCGGGCUCCUCCAGGCCACGGAAGUCGCGGGCUCCAUGGGGCUGAUCCUGGCGGCCAUCGUGGAGGCAGCAGCCCUGCUGGGCAACGGCGCGCUGCUGGCGGUGGUGCUGCGCACGCCGGGCCUGCAGGAGGCGCUCUACCUGAUGCACCUGUGCAUCGUGGACCUGCUGGCGGCCGCCUCCAUCAUGCCGCUGGGCCUGCUGGCCGCGCCGCCGCCCGGCCUGGGCCGCGUGCGCCUGGACCCCGCGUCCUGCCGCGCCGCGCGCUUCCUGUCGGCCGCGCUGCUGCCCGCGGGCACGCUGGGGGUGGCGGCGCUGGGGCUGGCGCGCUGCCGCUUCAUCGUGCACCCGCUGCGGCCCGGCGCGCGCCCGCCGCCCGGCCUGGUGCUCGCGGCCGUGUGGGCCGCCGCCGCGCUGCUGGGCGCGCUCUCCCUGCUCGGGGCGCCGCCCGGCCCGCCGCCCGCCCCGGCCCGCUGCUCCGUGCUGGCCGGCGGCCUCGGGCCCUUCCGGCCGCUCUGGGCGCUGCUGGCCGUGGCGGUGCCCGCGCUGCUGUUGCUCGGCGCCCACGGCAGCAUCUUCCUGGUGGCGCGCCGCGCCGCCCUGCGGCCCCCGCCGCCCGCGCGCGGGGCCCGGCCGCGCUCCGCCUCGCUGGACAGCCGCCUGUCCGCGCCUCCCGCGCCGCGGCCCCGGCUGCCCGGCCGCAAGGCCGCCCUGGGGCCCGCGCUGGCGCUCGCCCAGUUCGCGGCCUGCUGGCUGCCCUACGGCUGCGCGUGCCUGGCGCCCGCCGCGCAGGCCGCCCGGGCCGAGGGCGCCGUCACCUGGGUCGCCUACUCGGCCUUCGCGGCGCACCCCUUCCUGUACGGCCUGCUGCAGCGCCCCCUGCGCCGCGCGCUGGGCCGCCUGGUGCGCCGGGCCCGGCCCCGGCGGGUCUGCACCCCGCGCGCCUGGCGCCCGCGGGCGCUCCUGCAGCGCCUCCGGGGACCCCCCGAGGGCCCCGCCCUGGGACCUUCGGAGGCACCAGAUCCAGAACCGGAUCGAGAACCGGACGUGGCCCGAGGGGAGACCCUCCCCGUGCCCAAGGCCACCUGAGAGGGGGUCCGACUCCUGCACGGAACUGGGGCGGAGAGGGCGGUGGUUAUCAGAGGCGUCCAGCGUCCCGCACUGGCGCGGGCAGGUUCCUCUGCUUCUGUGUCCGGGAAGGGGGCCUGCAGCCUGGGCGCCCAGAGGCUCCUGGGACCGAGGAACCUGGGUUCUGGCUUAACUCUGCGUGGCGGCUGCU